GAUGCGACAUCCACAGCAUCAGGAUGGUAUAAAUGACAGGCAGCCCCAGCAGGAAGGGGAGACUCCAGCAGGAAGCCGCACAGCAGAACGAAGAAGUAGACGUCAAACACGAUGUUGCGAGAGAGCCACGCCCUGGUCCUGCUGCUGGUGAUGCUGAUGCUGAUGCCCGAGAGUGACGGUUGGUGGUGGGGAGGGAGGAGGCGUCGCAGGGUCGUGAUACAGCAAAGCCAUGAUACCAACACCAACAACUGCCACUGCGGCGCCACCAUCAAGGAACUUCUGGACCUGUUGCGAGCCUUGAGGGCAAAGAAACUGGGUAGACGUGACGUUGCCACGAUUCUCGAUGUUGAUGAAGGCGACCCACUCCUGGCAGGGGUGAUGCAGAAACGUGACGGGGUGGUUGCUAAAGAAGAGCUGUACGAUGCUGCAAAGCGAGCAGCUACUCGCUCGCAGAACACCAACCAGUGUCACUGUGGACAGCAGGUGCUGCAACAACUUGGACGUAGCCUGGACUGACGAUCUAUCCUCAAUGUCCCGGAGACACGAGUUGCCACAGACUGACAAAUAAACAUGAAGCAUGCA